UUCCAAGUUAUGUUGGCUUAGUCGUAAACUAGUCAAUCAAUCCGUACUUCCGUCCCGCGUCAGUUGGUAUCGGAACGAGGAUUUCGCCUCUCAAGAUGUCCAACAACGAAGGAGGAAGAAGCCCUAUAGUCGUUGGACGUGGGGUGAAUGAUUUUCGGUAGGUGACGAAGGAGAUUAAAGCAAUGUUGAAUCAAUUCGAAGUCUAUCAGAAUCAACCAAUCAAUGGGUAUGACGUUCGUGAUGUUGCACGAAACCAAUCUGUUGAUCCAUAUGUUUUGAAGCAAAAAAGGUACAACGGUAUUCCCUACUUGAAAAGGCUCAAAAUCAAAUAUUAUUUGAAUUGGUUAUUUGAUUCGGAAAAAUAUUUUUAUUAUAUGGAAAUCUUGGAAGAGAAGAAGGUCAAACUUGCAUCACAUAAACUUAGUGGAUAUGUAGCAAGUUGGUGGGAUGAAAUACAAUUUAAGAGAAAACGACAACGCAACGAUAAAAUUCGGUCUUGGCCUAGAAUGAAAAUGAUGCUUACUUUUGACUUUUUCCCUUAUAAGUAUGAAGAUAUUUUAUUUAAAUUGGAUUAGUUGAUGGAUCAAUUUUUCGACAACUAGUAUUCAAAGUCUGAUAGGGAUGGCGAAUUGUUCGAAACAAAUCAAGAAACUUUGCAGGUUCAAGAAGUUAUAAUUGAUCCAAUUUCACAAGCACCUGAGGAACAUCCAAAUCAUGAAGACAAUUUUAAAAUUGAAGAGUAUGAUAAUUCUGUGGAGAACAAAUCACAACAGGAUGAGAAUUUGGAGGAUAAAAGAGUUUUUAUUGUUGAAAUUCAAGAAGAAAUUAUUGACUUUGAUAAUAGAGUUGUAGAGGACAUUGACACUAUUGCUCUUGAAAGUCAAGUUUUGUUUGAGGAAGAUUCAAGUUCAACGAAGUAUUAUGUAGUUCAAGAAUUUCAUAAUCAAAUUAUUAUUCCUACAAACUGUGAGGUCGAAUUUGUUGGGAAAUUCUAGACAAUCUGAUAUGUAAGUGCAUAUCAAUGAAGAGACAAGAAAAUAAUGGAGAGAAGAAUAUUUGAUCUAUUGAGUUCAUAUAUGGAUCAAGAAAACACUCAAGGUUGGGAAAUUGAUGACAAGCUAUUGAGAGACACAGUUCUGAAUCUUAUGAUUGCAGGACAGGACACUACUGCUUCUGCUCUCACUUGGUUGUUCUGGCUUCUCUCCAAAAACCCAUCAGUGGAAGCAAAGAUCAGAGAGGAAUUACAGACAACAGAACCAGAAUCCGACAUCGAAAAGCUGAACAAGUUAGUUUAUCUACAUGCAGCAUUGUGUGAAUCACUAAGGCUGUACCCACCAGUUCCUUUCCAACUCAAAACACCAAUAAAGACAGACAUUCUUCCAAGUGGUCAUGAGGUGGAACCAAACACUAAGAUCGUGUUGUUAACGUACUCGAUGGGACGAAUGAAGCGGGUUUGGGGCAAAGAUUGCUUGGAAUACAAGCCUGAGAGAUGGAUUUCGGAGAAUGGAAGGAUCAAGUACGAGCCUUCAUACAAGUUCUUCGCAUUCAAUGCCGGACCGAGGACUUGUCUUGGGAAGCAAGUGGCUUUUACACAGUUGAAGACCACUGCAGCUGCUAUAAUCAGAAACUUUGAUGUUCAGGUGAUUGAAGGACACAGUGUUGCUCCUAGUGCUUCCAUUAUUCUUCGCAUGAAGCAUGGUUUAAUGGUUAGAGUCACCAAGAGAGGGUACUACUAGUCCUUCCAGCCAUAUUUUCUCACCAUUAUUACUGGGUCUGUUAUAUAUGCCCAGGAGUUGCUGCUGCUGUUAUUGCAGCUGUAUCUAUUGAUGUUAUAAUUAUGAAAACUAUAUAUAUCAUCAUAAUAAAUGGGUUAAUUUGUGUGAGA